AAUAUAUUCAUACAAAUAAGCAAAACUUAUUACGUAUGUACAUAUAUUCAAGUAAAAUUAAUAGAAAGUACGCCGAUUUUUUCAACUGAACUAGUAUAUACAUACAUAAAUACUAAGUGCUACUGUAGUUACUAGCGACAUCGAUACUCAAACCCUGCCUACUUAUUUAUUAUUACAACAUAUGUAUGUACUACAUCCCAUAGAAGUUAAAGUGCUAUUGUACCUACACAUCUAUUACGAGUAUAAAAAUACAUACAUACGUAUAUAGUAACGUAAGAAAUCUACACUAGUACGUCCUUUUUACAUUAGUAUUUCGUACUGUACCCACCAAAUCCACAAACAACAGCAACGACAACUUCUUUUAUCAAAUAUCCUACCAAAUAUCUAUGCGGAAUGCACUUCAAAUGCAGAGGUGCAAAGUUGAAUGAAAUUAGUUGCAACAACCACCCAGCCACCAGCCACCCACCCACCACCUUUCAACUAAAGGACACUCAACAGAACUGAACUCCUGCAUAGCCAUACAUACAUAUGAAUGUGCGUAUAUUUAUAGUAGAAGCAGAUGUAUGAAUGCACACAUGUUUUGUUCAAUAAAUACAUGAAUCCAUACAUAUGGACAUUCUUAUAAGUGAAGCAUAAGAAAGAUGUACGCACAGGAGCCAGUGUAGUAAAAGUGAGGAUGUCAAAAACUUUCACCGUCGACGAUAUAUGUAAAUAAAAUAAAACGAGCAGAGACAACCAGUGAAAAGUAUGGUGACAGACAGUAGUGUGUUCCCGUAGACAGAGCGUUCACACAGCAUUUUAUGCGUGGAGAAAAUGCACGUAAAACACACUCAGCGCAGAGUUAGUGGGCCUGGAGCAUUUGGAACAUCAAAUAAUCAAUGUGAUAGCAGAGAAAACUUGAGCAGCGAUCAACAACAGCAACAGACUGCGUAUCAACAACAUCAGCAGCGUCUACAUCAACAACAGCAACCGUAUCAUCGACAGCAACAACAUUCACAUCCGCAUUUAUUGCGACAGUCUCUGAUCAACCUUACGGGCGCGCACAAUACCUGCAAUAAUAUCGGUGUUUCGAACGCAUCGGAACAACAGAGCGCUACUACAAGUAGAAGUGGCAUUGCCGCACCAUCGUCGUCGUCCCUCAACUACCCCAACUCUAAUACCACAAAACACACCAACUCCAACACCAGCACAUUACACAAAUUCAUUUCCUGCAGUUGUGAAUCACUCAAAUUUGCAGCAUCGGCCGUUGCGAGCAAGGCAAUAAUAAAGCGGUCGGGUCACAGUCCUGGAGACCCCGACAGUGAGUCAUUAAUCGAUAGUCAAAACACGGAUUAUAUCGAAUACAACGUUGCUUAUUUGGGUGCUGGUCAUACAGGGCACAGUGCUGGUUGCAUAAGUAGCAGCAUCAGUCGUGGCGGUGAUGACCAGCGCUCUCUGCAAAGUGAGCAUCUGUCGAGUCGGCUUAGCACCGUUUCCAAACAACAUUCAUACGACAGCAGCUGUAGCGGGCAACUUCAUAGUCUGACCUUAACCGCAAGAGAGCGCCAUAAUCAACACCAGCAGCACCAACUGGAUUGUACUGCCAAUUCGACGCGAGUGCCAAAUAGUCCGAUCAGUUGCACCAACAGUAACUACAGUAAUCAGAGUAACAUCUACGCAGGGAGAAGUGGGGGUGGAGGCACCGGUGGUGGAGACGCGGACGAAGAAAGAGAAAGAAACGGCGGCCCAUCCACCAUAUGUGAUGCAUAUAAAGACUUAAACCGUCACACAGCGAUCAAUAGCAAUAGCACAAGUUAUGGCAACGACUUCAAUGAGGACUUCAAGCACAUAGUCGUUCACAAUUUUAGCAAUUCCGAUCCAAUAACUCGUUAUAACACUAUAGGCGGUGAUAGUGGCGGUGACGGUUACACAGGUAUCAACGACACAACAGGCACAUACCGCUCGCACCUGAAACCACAUUACAGCGAUUGCAAUAUCUACGCGAAACAGCAAGCGGAAUAUUUUUCGAAUUUAAAAAGUGAUUUUGAUCAGUACGCACCGCAGGUUGAUAAACAAAAGCUAGUCAAUAAAACAUACAUUUUCAAGUGUCUCGCCAAUAGUCCUUCAUUUCUCAGAUCCAAUAAGGUCAAGGAGCAAUCGAAGAAACUUCGCAACUUGUCGCUGAAAAAUCGAGCGGGUAAAAAGAAAGGACAGUUAAUAGCAAAGUCGAAUGCGGUUUCCGACAAUUCUCUGCAUCCUGGUGACAAAUACCUCAGUUUAUAUCUAGUCGAGAAGAAAAACUCACAGCAACAGCAACAGGUUCAGCACACACAACAACAGCAGGCUGGGCAAUUAGAAACGACUGCAAGUGGAGUGAAUACGCGACCAUUGAGUUCGCCUCCAGUUAUAUCUGGCAGACAUCAACAAGAGCAACAAUUUCAACGAGAUCAGCAACACGGAGUUGCAGCGUCAAGCACGAACACACAACAGCAACAGUGCCUCGUAAACGGAGCGGUGCGAACACAUCCCACAUAUCGACGUCAGUCCUCAAUAAAGCGCGAUUCGAAAGAUCGGGGCGCAACAUUCACGCCGACAGCAUCGACACAUAGGAAUCCAAAGGUCACCUCCAACAACAAUAAAAGCUGCAAUCUGAACAACAACGGCAAUAAGCUAAGCGUAAGCACGAAUUCGUGCAACAAGCUGCACGUGGCAGCAGCGGGUAUACAUCCAUAUGCCACACCGCCCAAGAGUUCGCUAUCGAGCAAUGGACACUUGAAUAAGUAUUGCCUGACAGACAUUAGUCGUCGACGGAAGGCGGCGUUCAAUCGACAGCUAAGUGCUCCCACUGAUUAUACGCAUUCUUCCAACAACAACAACGGCAACAGCGGAUCACAUUCAGCUACCGAAGCCGCUUGCGAGUCAACAUCUACAGUAGCCAGCGCAGGCGUGGGCUCAGUAACGGCAAAGGCGUCCACAUCCCUGCAGAAUUCCGUUCUAAUAAAGCCAACAUCUACGUCCAAUUCGUGUACGAACAGUUUCAAUCGGCGACAUAUUAAGCGUCAGAAGAAUACUAAAUUAAAUGAGAGAUUAAUUCAUGGAGACAGUGAGGAAUCUGUACGCUGCUCAUAUUGCUCCGUUUUGAAUGAGAACGACUUACGUAUAUCUUUUGAAAAUACCUGCACCGAUUCUCUAGUAACAGCAUUCGAUGAUGAGGCUUUAUUAAUAUGCGACCAAGGAAACGAAAUGGCAAGAACAAAGGUUCACUUUGAUGACGUGUCGUUAUAUGGCACUCCGAAGGAGGAGCCAAUGCCUUCCAUCCCUGUUGUUUCGGAAAAAGUUUCUGCGAAUUUCCUAAAAAGUCAAUUGCAAUCAUGGUUUCAACCGACGGACAAUCGGUUGGCCAUGAAGUUGUUCGGCAGUCGGAAAGCGCUGGUUAAAGAAAGAAUUCGUCAGAAAACUUCCGGUCACUGGGUUAUACAUCCUUGCAGUUCAUUUAGAUUUUAUUGGGACCUUUGUAUGCUUUUAUUAUUAGUAGCAAAUCUUAUAAUCCUGCCAGUCGCAAUAUCAUUCUUUAAUGAUGAUCUGAGCACAAGAUGGAUUGCCUUCAACUGCCUAAGUGAUACAAUUUUUUUAAUAGAUAUUGUAGUCAACUUUAGAACAGGUAUAAUGCAGCAAGAUAACGCAGAACAGGUUAUACUGGAUCCUAAGCUUAUCGCUAAGCAUUAUUUAAAAACAUGGUUUUUCCUGGAUUUAAUUUCUUCGAUCCCUCUUGACUACAUUUUUUUGAUUUUCAAUCAAGUAAAGGAUUUUUCCGAUUCCUUUCAAAUACUUCAUGCGGGGCGUGCUCUUCGUAUUCUACGCCUGGCCAAGUUACUUUCUCUGGUUAGAUUAUUGCGGCUUUCGAGGCUUGUACGCUAUGUCUCACAAUGGGAGGAAGUAUACAUUCUGCAGAAUCUGCAAAAAAAAAGUGCCGAUCGAAGAGGGAGAAUGCAUAGAAAAGACAAAGAUGGCUUGACUAAAAGCAACCUCAUUCUGAAGUUCCUCAAUAUGGCAUCAGUCUUUAUGAGGAUCUUCAAUCUGAUAUGCAUGAUGCUUCUUAUCGGCCACUGGAGUGGUUGUUUGCAGUUUUUAGUGCCAAUGCUACAAGGUUUUCCAUCAAACUCAUGGGUAUCCAUUAACGAAUUACAGGAGUCAUAUUGGCUUGAACAGUAUUCAUGGGCUUUAUUUAAGGCGAUGUCUCAUAUGCUUUGUAUAGGUUACGGCAGAUUCCCGCCGCAGUCAUUGACAGAUAUGUGGCUGACGAUGCUAUCGAUGAUAUCAGGUGCUACUUGUUAUGCAUUGUUCUUGGGCCAUGCGACCAAUUUGAUCCAAAGCUUGGAUUCUAGCAGACGGCAAUAUCGUGAAAAGGUGAAACAGGUAGAGGAGUACAUGGCCUAUCGGAAGCUUCCGCGUGACAUGCGCCAAAGGAUUACCGAGUAUUUUGAGCAUCGAUAUCAAGGAAAAUUUUUUGACGAAGAAUGUAUACUUGGUGAACUAAGUGAAAAACUGCGAGAGGAUGUAAUCAAUUACAACUGUAGAUCUCUCGUUGCGUCCGUGCCUUUUUUUGCUAAUGCUGAUUCAAAUUUUGUUUCUGACGUCGUAACGAAACUGAAAUAUGAAGUUUUUCAGCCCGGUGAUAUUAUUAUAAAAGAAGGUACAAUUGGAACAAAAAUGUACUUCAUCCAAGAAGGCGUGGUAGAUAUUGUUAUGGCGAACGGAGAGGUUGCGACUUCACUUUCCGAUGGCUCGUAUUUUGGUGAGAUUUGCCUGUUGACGAAUGCAAGGCGAGUGGCCAGUGUGCGUGCGGAAACCUAUUGCAAUUUAUUUUCUUUAAGUGUAGAUCACUUUAAUUGCGUUUUGGACCAAUAUCCAUUAAUGAGGAAAACUAUGGAAACAGUUGCUGCAGAGCGUUUAAACAAAAUUGGGAAAAAUCCAAAUAUUAUGCAACAAAAGGAUGAACAAAUCAGUAAUCCAGAAUCAAACACCAUCACAGCAGUGGUUAAUGCCUUAGCUGCCGAGGCAGACGACUGCAAAGACGAUGACAUGGAUAUCAAGGAAAAUUUGCUUCAUGGCUCAGAGUCGAGUUUCAUGGGACCGGUGCAAACGAUAAGGGAAGGGCUACCUCGACCACGUAGCGGCGAGUUCCGUGCGCUCUUUGAGGGCAAUACUCCAUGACACUGAAGCCUGGAGCAGAUAGGUAUAUAGCAAGAACAAAAAAUGCAAUUGCAACUAUUGCAUAUCCCUUAUAUAGUACGAUCACGACGAGCAACAAUAUGAUAAAUCAUCGGAAGGAUGUACAGACAUAUGUACAUAUGAAUGUAUGUAUGUACAUGAUGCAUAAAACCAUACUACGUGAAUGACCAUACAAAGACACACACUUAAACAUAUUGUAUACGUGUACUCGUACUCGUAAUAAAACAACUAAUGUCCUCAGCAAUUAAUCAUAAUUUCAGCUCCGCUAACUGUGAUGACUUUAAUAAUAAGAAUCGAAAUUUGAAAACUGGUGAACUAACUCUACUACAUACAAAAUUCAUACAUACCGCAUAAAAAACUUAAUACAUAUUAAUUCGAGUAUGAAACCCAUGAUAAUUAUAAUUAAAUAAAAUGUAGUGAAAUAAUGAGAACCAAAAAAAAUAUAUACAUAUAUAUGUAUAUAUAUAUGUAUUGUAUAAAUCACUCGCUAGUGUACAGGUUAUUUAAGCAUAAAAACGACGACGAUGGCGACUCGAAGAGACUUCAAAGCAACACUAUAGAAAUAAAAAAAUUUUGAAGAUAAACAUGAAACUUAGUAUGAUACCUAUAACAAAAAAAAAACAUAAAGAACCUUACCAUACCAAACAAACAAAAGAAAAUUGCAUGUUAAUUAUAACACGCUGCAUUGCUAUUGAAUAACAAUGCGAUGAUUAUUACUGUUAGAGCCGAACAAAAAUUAUAAGUUAAAUUAAUUUACACAAUGAAAUAUAUAGUAGUUCUAACGCAACCUGAGCAAAAAAAAACACAAAAAAACGAAAAUAAAACAAAGAAAAAUUAAAUUAAAAAAAUAAAUAAAAAACAAUGCGAUCGACUAGCGACAUGCAUACUGAAUACAAAAACAAUACUACCUAACUAAAACGAACAUACUUACAAUACAAGCAAACCAACCAAAGCAACUAACAUGCAUACAUAUACACUUACCUGAAACCAAAAGCAACAAAAACAGUACAUACUUACAUACAUAUAGUACAGUACAUGGAAUAUAGAGAAUUUUUGUCUUUUUAUAGCAAGCUGUUAUAUUUUUUUAGUUGAAUCGAAAAAUUGCAAGUUGUAUUUGUUUAAACUAAGAUCUGAGAGAAGUACUCAUAAAAAUGAAGGUGGAGUGUUGAGCAAGCAAAUAGAAACACAUGAUAGUGCACGUGCUGGAACAGUUUAAAACGAUCAAAUGAGACAAUGAGACAAAUUAUUGAGUAUCUUAGUAUUUUAUUACACGUAAACUAAUAAAACCAGAAGGACAACGUUUGCCUUGAAACGAAAA